UGCACAACCCCGAUUCAGCUCGACGAAAAAAAACCAGCACCCGAUUUAAUCGCCGACCAGAAACUCACGCAAGAUUACCGAAUCCUCCUUUAAAACAAAACUGCGCGACGUUCCAGCAGUACCGGCACCACAAGUUUGGUGGUUUGUCACACCCAUCUACAAACAAUCAUAACAAAAUGGCUACACCCAUCACUGGCGCAGCCUUUGGCGCCGCCAUGAUGGCCGCCGGCUUCUAUGAUCCUGCCGUGGUUCUCUCACAGCUCAAAUUUGAAAACUGGCAUAUGUUCCAAGCCUUUCUGGCUGCGACUGCCUCCAGCGCAAUAUACUACAACAUCGCAGAACGAACCGGGCACGUAAAGCUUCAGCCGCGCUCGUCGUCCGGGCUCGGCCUCUUGUCAGCGUACGACGGCAAUGUAAUCGGCGGUGCGCUCCUCGGCACCGGCAUGGCCCUGUCCGGAUCUUGCCCCGGCACACUGUUUGCGCAGAUGGCUGGUGGCGUGCAGACGGGUUUUUACGCCCUGAACGGCGCCGUCAUUGGCGGUAUCCUUUGGACCGGAUUUGUUAGUCGCGCAGUCGCAAAUAGGCGAGAAGCAGCCGGUAUUAAGCCACAGGCCGUGACUGUCAGCCAGGUACUUGGUCUUUCGCGUGGCGCGACUCUUGUCCUGCUCGAAGCCGCGUUUCUCGGAGUCAUUGCCGCAACGACAAUCUACACGCCUCCUUUCCCCGGCAUCAAGACGUCCGGCGCAGUCGGUGGUCUGCUAAUUGGUCUCAUCCAGCUUCUCUCUCUCAUUACACGCCGCUCCAUGGUGGGCAUAUCUGGCUCCUUUGAAGAACUGGGCAACUUGUUCUGGUCCAAGAUUAAGAGCGGCGAGGGUAAGGCUUCGCCUCAGUCUUUGCAAAAUGUUAUUUUCGCCGUUUCUGCUGGACUCGGAGCCCUUGCUGCCGUUAAGGCGUUCCCUUCUUUUGCAACCGGCACACCUUUUGAAGUGCCGCCAGUCCUGGCAACUAUUGGAGGAGCUCUGAUGGUCGUGGGUGCGAGACUAGCGGGAGGCUGUACCUCGGGCCAUGGCAUCAGUGGCAUCUCGCUGCUGUCCGUCUCUAGUAUUAUCACCAUUGCUAGCACGUUUGCUGCUGGGUCUGUUGUUGCAAAGCUUGUUUACUGAUACCCCAAGUUUGUUUCCUGAUGGCUUUUAUAUUCUUUUAUUAUUAUACGUAACUUAGCUUUAAUAGUAAUGCACGCGAUAAUUACAUCUCUUAUUUCUUUGUCGAGCAGCCCUUCUUAGCAGUAACUUCAAGUUCAAUCUUCAUUUCCUCAUUCAUCAGGGGCGCUUGGUACAUCAUCGCAGCAGGCCGAACGUCUCCAAACCAUUUCUGGAGCACCGGCCACGUCUUUGAGAAUUCAGCACGAUCUGACAGAACGUAGUUUACGCGCACGACGUCGCUGAUGGAUGAGCCAGCUUCUUUGAGCGCCUUGUCAAUGUUGAGAAAGAUUUGCUCUGUCUGCUCGGCAAUAUCGGGUGAGAUUUCACCAGUUUCGUAGUUGUAGCUAGUCAACCUGUUAGUAUACUGUCUGUUGGGAGCGCUCGGAUGCCCUUCUUACCCUGUCGUUCCCGACACCAUGAUCCAGCCAUCAUCGAGCACGACAGCUCGGCUAUAGCCAAUCUGGGCUUCAAAUGCAGAUCCGGAACUAAUAUUGAUUCUUGACAUUUUUAAUAAUCACUGUAACUGUCAAUAAAACGAGCGCAGAAAAAGUGUUAUGCUGGUCAAUCGUGUUGAAAUGUCGAAAGUGACUCAGUCAUUCAGCAGGGCGGGACCAUGUCAACUACGCCCUCUGAGCAGCAAAAGCUGUUACCAGCGACACAAAUCGUCUCAAAUUGUUUAAUUUAUCGUUGCGUAUACUCGAAUUAUUUGAAAAAGAAUAAUUUCAAUGCUAUUGAAGCGCUUUUUAGUCUUGUUUGUUCUAUUCAUACACAACAUGAGCACAGACGCCCAUGCCACCCUAUAGGCCCAUAUUCAUACAUUAUGGUUACAAAAUUCCAGGACGAAUCUUCUGUGGCAUUCAACUCGUCAAUUCCUUGACCAAGUUGGCGACGGCUUUGCGGUCGACAUCCUUGCCAUCAAAGACGCUCUUCAAUCGCUUCAUGACAUCGCCAACAAGCGCUUUGCCAGCGACGCCUGCGUCGGAAGCUCCCUUGAUGGCCUCUUCGACCGCAGCCUUAAUCUCGGCCUCGCCUAGUGUCUGCACACCACUAUCGGCAAGAUAUGAUUCCAGCACUCCAAUCUGAAGCGUCUCCUUCUCGACAAGGUCCUCGCGACCAGCAGUCUUGGCUUCGGCAGCAGAUUCUUCGUGGCCCUUUUGGAUACUGCGCAUAAGGGCAACAAGCUGGACAUCGGUGCGGAUGGGCGACGCAGUCUUGGAGGCAUUGAGGUUGGCGGCCAUAACGGCACGUAGAACAGCCAAUCUCGGCGCAUCCUUUGCGCGCAUAGCUGUCUUCAAGUCGCCCUUGAGCUUAGCCAACAGCGGCGGGAUGGCGGCGGCAUCAUCGCUGUAUUUGCGGACGGCGAGCAAUUGGCGCGUAGCAAAUCGUGGUGUACAUGUUGCUAGGCGUAGCGUCUGGGGGAUGAAUCGAGCAGCAGCCAUCUUGUCGAAUGUGUGUCGUGCGUAGAAUCGAUGGCGUAGAGCAGUGACGU